AUGUCUAUCAACUGGGUCAUGCUUCACGAGCAAGACGGCUUCGUCCGUCUUCCCAACGAACGCAUGGUCUACUCGUCACCUCCCCGCGCUCGCCUUGCUCUGACUCCGCCACCAGGCUACACGGGCAGGGACGAUUUCUCGCACUCGAUUCCUGCUGGCAAUAUCUACCUGACUAAUCAGCGAGUCGUUUACCUUCCCGAGUCAAACACCGCGACCUUCCAGUCUUUCUCCGCGCCCUUACUGAACGUUCGGGACUCGCACGUGUCCGCGCCCUUCUUCGGCCCAAAUGUCUGGACAGCCCUCGUUCAGCCUGUUGCAGGUGGUGGCUUUCCUCCUUCUCUCCCCGCCAUCCAAGUCAAGGUGACCUUCAAAGAAGGCGGUGCCUUUGACUUCCACACAAACUUUGAGCGCAUCCGUGAGCGCUUAGAACAGGCGGUGGAAAAUAUCGGAGAUGCAGGCAGAGGGAUGCAGGGCGUCGAUCUUUCUGCGGUGCACCUGGACGAGUUGCCGGCCUACGAUGGCCCGCAGGCGUCGGCGCCCCCUCUGGUUGACGAUGCACUCUCCGCGCGUCCACAGCACACCCGUCAGCCCUCUACAAGUGGAGCUGAACCAGCGGAGCCACCACCCUGCUAUGAGGAGGUGCAGUCUCAGAGUGUGGCUCAAGAGCUGGAGGAGAGACUUCGACGUGCAGGUUAA